UGCUCUUCAUUGUUGUCAGGGCAUCAUAUAAUAACGACCUAUAUGUUAUUUAACACCUCUGUAAACUUUAUAUGGAGCAAUAAAUUCAAUUGAAUGAACCCUCGCCUGAGAGGAGAGCCGUGAUCAGCAGUGGAACGUAUAAACCCAUUGAUAAUGAUGAAUCGUUACGUCUAAUUAUUGUUAUUUGUAACUUACAGAUCCUUCACCAUGCUGGUAGCCAUUUGACGUUAAGAGAAGCAUUACUUGUGUUAAGGAAAAGUGAUACAGCAGCACCAUGUUCGGCAAUAAACCCGCUUUUGGGAAUACCUCCGGUGGAUUUGGGUCAUUCAAUAGUACGGCAACAACAGCGUCACCCUUCGGCGGUUUCAAGCCGACAACGGGCACCAGCGCGUUUGGGGCUCCACCAACCUUCGGCGCCAAUGCAACUCCCCAGCCUGCUACUGGAGGAGGUCUUUUUGGCUCAGCAAAUACAUCUACUGGGGGUCUUUUCGGGGCAUCAACAUCAACUGCCACUUCGGCGUUCGGGGGUACUUCGAGCGGAUUUGGCUUUGGCGCUAACGCACCUUCUGGCGGUCUCUUUUCCAAUAACACUCCUGGUGGGGGGUUGUUCGGAACUCAGAGUACUUCUGCUUUCGGAGCUAAGCCUGCUGGUUUCGGUUUUGGCAAUACAUCAACAGCAAGUACAUCGGGAGGCGGUCUCUUCGGCGGCACGGCGACCACCGGAACAGGUCUAUUCGGCCAGCAGAACAACGCAUUGAGCGGCGGUGGUCUAUUCGCCAAUACUACAGGCGCUUUCGGUCAGCAGCAACCACAGCAAGCGGGGACAGCACACGUGAAGUACAAUCCUGUGGUCGGCACAGACGUGGUUGUGAAGUCGGGAUCUUCGCAGAAUGUCAAUAUUAAACACCACUGCAUUACUUGCAUGAAGGUGACCAGUGUACGGUAUGAUGACAUAUUUCAUAUAACAGACAUGUGCAAUUCAAAUCCAGCAUUCGGCCAAACUACGACGGCGUCCUCGCUUUUCGGCGGCGGCGGCGCACUUGGCACCAGCACCGCCGGCGGCUUCGGGCAAACCAAUGCAUUUUCGUUCGGAGGCAACACUACCAAUACUACGAACACAACCGGUGGACUCUUUGGCGCUCCAAAGCCUGCCUUUGGGGCUACUUCUACUACAGGUACUGGGUUGUUUGGCGCGGCGUCCACCCAAGCUCCCACCUUCGGUACCACCACACCUUCCUUCGGUUUCGGUUCCAACACUCAGAAUCAGAGCGGCAUUCUUUUCGGUGCGAAGCCAUCGACGUCGGGCUUCGGCACGACCGCCCCUACGGGUGGCUUUGGGGCGUUCACCGGCGGCGGUGGACUCUUCGGGAACAAACCGGCGCAGACCAGCGCGCCUGCCUUCGGGACUACCACACCAGCUUUCGGGUCCAUGUCUGGAGCUUUCGGCACAAACACGUCAACCUCGGGCGGCGGUUUGUUCGGCGGGAACACCACCUUCGGUAAACCCACUACCUCGGCCCCUACAUUCGGCUUUAACGCUCCCAGCACCGGAUUAGGCACGGGUCUAGGUACUGGCCUUGGCGCUAACACUUUCCAAGCUAAACCAGUUGGCUCCUUCGGCACGCUCGGUGGAGGUGGUACGAUGUUCCAGACGGCUACUCAGCCUAAUUUCUCUUCAGGUCUGGACGGCGGUGGGCUCGGUGGAGGCGGUCUAUUCGGCAACACCAACACACUCGGGGGUGGAGGCCUAGGCCUCGGCGGACUUGGGGCUAACACCAAUUUCAAUACAAACGCCAACAUCUCCGGCGCAUCGGCGGCAGGCAACGUGCACGAGCAAAUCCUGACGCUCGUCGCGAGGCCGUACGGCGACACGCCGCUCUUCAAGGACCUGCUGCCUGAUACUUCAACCACAGCAGAAGAUGUCUUAAAGCCAACAAACCCAGCUGCUGUAAAGGCAUUGUUGGAUAGCAGCAAUAACAACAUGUAUCGUGUGACUUCACCUACUGCCAUGCGGCUCAAAGUACAACCCAGCAACAAAGUCACUCAGCAUAAGAAAUCUCUCUUCGACGGUCUAGAAGAGUCGGACGCGACUCUAGAAGACAAACUCAGUCUAAAACCUAGCCGCAAGCGCCUAGUGCUAAGACCUAGAUCACAGAUUGAGGAACAGAAUGAGUCUUUGGAACACGCACAACAAAAUAACAGGUCCUUGGAAGACGCACGCCGUGAAACAAAUGGACCUCAAAAGGAAAAAGAUGAUAACAAAUCUGUAGAGGAAACGCAGCGGCUCAGAAAAGAUAUGAACCUCGAAAAGAAUAGUUUGGACGCUAGUUCCGACCGACAUGGCAGUUGGUUGAACGCGCACAACUGGAGCGCGGAAAAAGAAAAGUCUAUCGACAAUGAACCAACUCCGAGGCUCUAUCCUAAUUUAAGGAACUUGGAUAAGGAGAUACCCAUCACGACUGAACGGCGGGCCAGCUGGUUGACAACCAAACCUCUCCGCAAGCCCCUGUCGACAAACCCUGAGGCUGUGGAGAACUCGGUUAGGGAGCUAGGUGUUCGGUCGGGAUCCGACAGGUCGCAUGAUAAGGAGAAUGUUGAUACAUUAUCUGUGACAGAAGAAGAACACGUGGCUCCCCGAGAUCUACCACCGCACCCUACGGGGGUGAAGCUCACUAGACCCGGGUAUUAUACCAUACCAUCGUUAGACGAAAUGAUAAAGUACAUGCGUCCUGAUGGAUCAUGCGUAGUACCACACCUCACGAUCGGCCGCAAGAAUUAUGGCAACGUGUAUUACGACUGCGAGAUUGAUGUCGCCGGUUUAGACCUUGAUUCGCUGGUGCACUUCCUAAACAAAGAGGUUACCAUAUAUCCUGAUGACUCGGAGAAGCCUGAAGUCGGACAAGGCCUGAACCGACGGGCCAUCGUUACCCUUGACCGCAUAUGGCCACGGGACAAGACUGAGAAGAAACCUAUCACGGAUCCUGAAAGAUUAUUAGCGAUGGACUACGAAGGCAAAUUGCGAAGAGUGUGCGAUAAGCACGACACGAAAUUCAUCGAGUAUCGGCCUCAGACCGGCAGUUGGGUGUUUCGAGUGGAACACUUCAGUAAGUACAGCCUGACGGACUCUGACGAAGAAGACGAAGUCCCCGAAGUGUUGAAGAGGCAAAUCGUCAAUCAACAGCUGCAGAAAGCGGCACCACCAGCUCCCCCAAAGCCCCCCACAACAUUGCAACCAGGUCUAUCCGGGCUAGGGGGCCUGGCGACCCUGUCGUCGCCUAUGACCAACACCAGUGGCCUUCUAAGUGGUCCUCUGGUACCUGGUUUCGGCCACGAAGACAGUUUGUUGGCCAUGCAUCAUACUUCUCUUAAUUUGCUCAAUGGAGCUGGAAAAGCUUUUGAAAUGGACACCACGGAAGACAAUACAGAAUCCCAAAGCAUGUACCAAGACAGUCACAGAGCGUUUGGAGUGAAAAGCCCAACGAGCGAGUUGGCCCGGUUGGAGCACCGACAGAGCCACAACGUUCAGCUCAUGAAGGCUUCGUUGUACGCUGAUGCAGAAAUGGAAGACGACGUGUCGGUGUCGACGGGCGACCAGCAAGUGCCGCGCGCUGUGCCGCUCGGCAUUCUGCAGCGGCCGCCUUCUGCGCAGGCGGUGGAGCAAGACAUGCUCACCGAGGAGGUGGUGCCCGUGCUCUCCGAAGAGUUACCGAUGAAGCCUCUAAUCGUCCGACCUCAUACAGUUGUGUUAAAAUAUCAUCGCAAAGUACCACCGUUCAAGCGUACUAUAGCAGCCCGUCUGAACGCGUCGUGCAUCGCAGACAUGGCGGUGUGCCGCGCACGACACUCCCGCGUGGGCUUCGGUCCUAGGAACACCAUGCUGUACGCCACUUCCUAUGACGCCAUCUCUGAUUUGCCCAGAAAUGCUGAGAUAUGCGAUUUGGCCAAAUACGUGCGAGGUCGCGGCGUGGACGACUGGAGUGAACCGGUCGUGACUAGACUUGCUAUUGGCCAUUCUUGCCCUACCAACACUUAUCAGGAAACUUUGACUCGCCAUUUGGAAACUCUCCUGGAGUACUCCGCGUUUUCACAAGCACCGGAGAAUACCUGUCCUCGGUUGACCGUGAUGUCUUCACCCAGCGACCGGUUAGCCAUGCUCAGGCGAUUGUCCAAAGACGCUAGGACUGUGGCUAGAAAACACGCACAGUUUGGUGUAUCGAGUGCAUAUUGCGACGAAGUUUUUCGACUGUGCGAAGCGCUGUGGGGCCUUGAUUUAGAAAAUGACGGCAUCCCAGGUACAGACGAGUUGUCAAUAGUAAACAGACACAAGAGAAUUCUGGAAUGGUUCCUCACGGCAGUAGCUGACGUCACCGACCAGGACCUUUCCAAGCCGAGACAGGGCGAGAAAGAAGAUGUGUCGGACGGACAUAGCGUUCGUGUAUGGACGCUGUUACUAGGAGGGCGCAUUGUCGAAGCCUGUAAGGUGGCCAGGGAAAAUGGGGAUCUUGUUAUGGCUACACUCAUCGCGCAAUCCGCUGGUAGCCCUAGCUUCCGUUCCCUAGUAUCCCGGCAACUUUCCCUCUGGCGAGAAUGCGGUGCAGACGGGUUAAUAGCUUCACACCGAUUGGCUGCACUUCAACUAAUCGCAGGCCAGAGUUCACCUAGAGACCACUUACUGAACACCGACUGGUUGAGAGCGUUGCACGCUACCGCUAGAUACCUCUGCCCUCAAGUGCCUUCAAUGGAGCAAAUAAUCAGGACCUACGAGUCAUUCUUCUCCCAUUCGGAUGAAGAAGUCGACUUAUCCACGAUUGUUACCGACGAAAUGGGCAUGGAGUUUCCGUUGCCGCCUUAUAGGAAAGACUAUGACGUCAGCUCUUAUGAGAUAACUACAGAUUUAGCCGAGCAAGCAUCAGAAAUGUGCGUCGAGUCAACCGCCAGCUCGCCCAUCUCUUCGCAUCACCGUGCAACGGUACAUAGUUAG